AUGAACGCAUUAACUAUGUUAGAAAAGUUGGACAGAAUCAACAGCCGUGAACACACGACCAAACCUCACAAAAAGAGUCGCUCUUCUUUUGUUCCUCGCUCCCCGAAACAAACACCACAUCUUUUCCCUUUCCAAGCAACACCCUACAACUUCGAAGGCAAAACAGUUUAUAUUGCCCUUGUAGAUGCAUUUGGAAACUUUUACUCUUCUUUCAAACCAAAACACUUUGUAUUAAUGCAAAGAACACGAGGCAAAGAGUGGUGGAUGAAGUCUGCAAUUAAAGAGAAAAGUAAAACGUAUUAUGUUGUAGCGUUGAACUCUUUUGGUGAUAUCAUCGAUGGAACUUGCCCACCCUCGUAA